CCUAAGAGGAGUAGAAUAAUGGACUUGAAUCCUGAAUUCAGAAUCCUGCUGCUGAUCCUGCUCGUGUAUCUUACAGUUUCAGUAUCAGGUAUCCAGGACGUGAAGGUGUCGUGCCAUCCUGAGAAGAUCUGUGCUCUGAGGGAGUCAUCUGUGAACCUGACGUGCUCUUACUCAAAUAUCACCAUCAUCACUGGCUUCUGGUUCAGCCUAAAGGACAAAGCUAAAUGGAGGAAGGAGGAACAUCCAGAGGAUUUAGCUUUAGACUCAGACUACGCAGGACGUGUGAGCUACACAGAGAUGACAAACUUCAGCUCGACUCUUACAAUAACAGACCUGAGAGAGAGAGACUCAGGGGAAUAUCGCCUCGUGUUCAUUACGGAUAAAGGAGAGAAAUAUCUGAGCUCAACUGGAGUUACUCUAACAGUUACAGACCUGCAGGUGACCCACGACUCCACACAACAAGCUCUCACCUGCCGCACUUCCUGUCUUCUGACCUCUGCUGUUCACCGGUACUACUGGUACAAGAAUGGACAAUACUUAGAGAAAUACAAAGACAACAUGGAAACUUUCCCUUUAACUAAAGCAGAAGAAGGCAGUUACUCCUGCUCUGUUCACGGCUAUAACGAUAUUCUCUCUCUUCCACUGUGUGCUGGCAGGAGCUGUUAUAGUGUGACCUACAGAGACAAAAGAGUCUGUGCUUUGGAAGGGUCUUCAGUGGAGUUUGCUGGAAGUUACUCACAUCCCAGGGAUCUGAGUGUUAGUGAAGUAUUCUGGUGUUAUAUUCAGCGUGGUAAAGUCUUCCAGGACCUGAAGCAGGAAACACAGUUUACUAAUCGAGUUGAAUAUGUGAACCAAGACAAAAGCAGCACUUUGAGAAUGAAAAACCUGACAAAGAAAGACUCUGGAGAAUAUCAACUUAGAUUCCUUACUAAUGGUAAAGGAUUCUCUGGUAAACCUGGAGUGAUUCUGAAUGUUACAGAUCUGCAGGUAAGAGCGAGUCCCUCUGCAGUGGCAUCAGAAGGACAGACUACAGUAACGCUGAGCUGCAUCACCUCCUGCACUCUGUCUAACAACCCCACUUACAUGUGGUACAAGAACGGACAGCCUGUUACUGACAAACUCACCAAACACAACAAGCUCUACCUGAACUCCAGUGAAGAUGCAGGAAACUACUCCUGUGCCGUGAGAGGACGUGAGGAUCUCCGCUCUCCUGAACUAACUGUUAACAACAUGUUCAAAAACAUAUUAGUUACAGAGGAUGGCCCUUGCUCCAGUUGUUCUCCAAAAGGGAUCACAAUCCCCAUCACAGUGGGAAUAACAGUCUUUCUGGCUCUAAUGAUCAUCGCAGGAGCUCUUUGGAUGUGGAGGAGAAAGUCCAGAUCAGUUAAAAGCCACAGCCGGACUGAGAAUACGGAGCCCCAGAGUGGACAGGAUGACGUUCACUACUCCAGCAUAGACUUCUCUUCCCACACUCAGGGCUCGUCUCUGUCCACCGGUGGCAAACGUCCUCGGGACAUGGCAGAGCAAGAGCACGUCCAAUACGCUGAGGUGAACUUGAAAAGACCCACUGCUGCCACCUAGUGAAAAAUGUUUACAUCCUGAUUGCUGUACCGAAAUUUUUAAUGGCUGGAAUUUAAUUUGAAGAACUCUCAAAUCUGGUCAGAAGGUGUAAAUUAAUUUUCCAUAAAAGAGACUUUCAGCUGUUUCAUUUCUAUUAUUACAUUGGCAUGGUAUGAAACGCUCUCCAAUAAAGCGUGCAAUUAAAAACAUGUGUAAUCACUGACUAUGUGAAUUUUCCUGUAAGGAGAUGUUUAUUUAACAUGUAUGGAAGGAGUC